AUGACGAAACCCGAAUCCAUUGAGUCGUUGCUGUCGCCAUCAUUGCGUGUCUCGCGUCCAGUGGCCGCAUGUGCAAGAUGUCGCUCCGCCAAGAUCAAGUGCGACGGCAAACUUCCAGCUUGUUCUGCAUGUGAAAGGUCUGGAAAGGGUACAAGUUGUUCAAGUGCCAAUGAUGAGUUCGCCCGGGGCAAAGAACGCAGUUAUGUCGCAGCCCUUGAAGCAGCUGCGCAGAGGCUGCAGAGGAAGGUCGACCAAGCGAAGAUGCAAGCAGCUUCUGGUCAUCCCAGUCAACCGUCGCAGCUUUUGCAACGCCCUGUUCAGCCUCGAAGGAUCAGCGGUGCUCGCCGGAGAGAGGCUACAGACGUCGAUGAGUUGGUUAGUGAUUUUGGCUUCCUGACCGUCAACGCCACCUCUAGAGACUUCCACGGCUUCACUGCAACCAUGUCUUUUGCAAAGCUGCUCCUGACUGCGGCGCUCAAACAAGAACUGCCCCGAAUGGAAUCUGGUGGUCUUCCUCCACGAUACGCCAUUACCCCUAUGGUCAACCACUAUCUUGAAAACAUAUACCCGCUCUUCCCCUUCUUCUCCGAAACCGACCUCAUGGCGAGCCUAUCACGCAUCUACCAGGAGCCGUCAAUUGCCGUCUCGGCGGAACCCAUAGAUGUCUGGAAUAUUCGUCUCAUCUUGGCAAUAUCAUAUGCCUCGACUUCCCAGCGCAAAGGCGACGACAAUGAUCGCAUGGCCAUCCAGCACGUGACGGCUGCACGCAGCCUUGCCAGCUAUGUUCUGCACCCCGGCUCCAUAGCUGGUGUGCAAGCACUUUUGUUGCUGGUGCAAUAUUCUCUCGUGGACCCGGCCCAUUUUGACAGCUGGUAUUUGAUUGGAAUGGCCUCACGACUGGUGGUGGAUCUUGGGCUUCAUUGUGAACCACCACCUGAGACGCGCAUGAGCAGAUUGGAGACGGACUUGCGGCGGAGGAUAUUUUACUGUGCUUACGCAUUCGACCGAUUGAUCAGCAUGGCUUUGGAUAGGGCAUUCUCUUUCUCUGAUGAUUCUGCUGCCGAGGUGAAUUUCCCUCAAUCUGCCUCAGAGACAGGUUCGGCAUCAUCGCAGCUGUUCCUCCGCUCCACCAAGCCUUCGCUAUAUUUGUUCGACAUUCGUAGGGUCCAGUCUACCUUCUAUCAGACGACCAGGUGGUCCUCUCGAUCGCAGUGGCCGCUCGCCACCGCAGCCACGUACGCAAGCUCAGUAUCCAACGACAUCCAUGCAUGGUAUGCCACCAUUCCGACCGAUCUGUCACCAAAGCACAUUGUUUUGUUCAACCUAGAACGACUGUAUUGCCAGAUUCUGGUGGUGUCACCCAAUCAACGAGUGCCCGCCAGUAGCAUGACCGACCUAAAUCGAGAGCUCGUGUUUGAGUACUCGGCCCAAUUUGCAGACCAGCUCGAACCAGUCACUCAGGAUGUCAGCUGGCAUGCAUACCUGACGUACGCCGAUAUCUGUCGUGCGCAGUACGUGGGCCAGAAGUUUCUCGAGGUGCUAUGGUCAGAUUUUGAUCGAUUGCUCAAGACGACACAUGCAAUCUGCGAUCAGUCGACCUCAACAGGCCCAUUGGACAAUGUACACCGAGCGACCGAGUGCCUGGGAAAGAUCAUCCGAAUCCUUGACUUUGCUAAUGUCCGAUGGGGAUUGCCACAAAUGCGAAAGCAAUUCGAGAAGGAGUCUGCCGUCUUGUUCUCUCGGUUGAAGAGCCGUCAGGUGGAAUUUGCUCCAGCGCAGGCCACAGCCUCUGUCUCCCCUCCCACUGCGUCCAACCAAGGGGCAAGGUCGGGGCCUCUGGAGUAUUACCCAGGUCCUGGUCAGUAUGGAUUUGAGGAGGUCCCAUUUGCGCAGGUGCCUAGCCCACCUUUUGCUACCAGUGUUGGCGGGUCUGGAAGUGGGAACAUGCCACCUGAAGAUUAUUCGCAAGGAUAUAACUAUCCGCCUACAUCGUUACCCAGAAGAAAGUACGAGUUUUACGGAGGGCCAAAGAGGUAG